UUGAUUGGCCGGUUGUCAUCUGAUGUAGUAAGGUGAUGGUUGCCCCCAGGUUGUGAUGGUUUUGGUGGGUGUUUGAGGUGCCGGUAUCGGGAACACGGAGGGAAUGGCGGCCGCUGCUGCCGCCGUUCUCCCUCCGGCGGGUCCCGCUGCUCCCCCACCUCCGCCGCCGGGUUCGGGGAGGCUUCCUAGCAGGGUUUUGGAGCUGGUGUUCUCUUAUCUGGGGCUAUCGGACCUGCGCAGCUGUGGCCUUGUGUGUAAGCAUUGGCACCGCUGUCUACACGGAGAUGAAAACAGUGACGUAUGGCGAAGCCUGUGUUGCCGAAUCGUCAGCGAAGAGGCUCUCCGGACCGACAUACUGUGUAACCUGCCUAGUUAUAAAGCUAAGGUUCGAGCCUUCCAGCAUGGCUUUAGUUCCAAUGACUGCUCUCGGAAUGUCUACAUUAAAAAGAAUGGCUUCACACUUCAUAGAAAUCCAAUAGCACAGAGCACUGAUGGAGCUCGUACAAAAGUUGGCUUUAGUGAGGGGCGUCAUGCAUGGGAGGUUUGGUGGGAGGGCCCAUUAGGCACUGUAGCAGUUAUUGGAAUUGCUACAAAACGGGCUCCUAUGCAGUGCCAAGGUUAUGUGGCUCUUUUGGGCAGUGACGAUCAAAGCUGGGGCUGGAAUCUGGUGGAUAAUAAUCUUCUACAUAAUGGUGAAGUCAAUGGGAGUUUCCCACAGUGCAACAAUGCCCCCAAAUACCAGAUAGGGGAAAGAAUCAGAGUCAUCUUGGAUAUGGAGGACAAGACUUUAGCCUUUGAACGGGGCUAUGAGUUCUUGGGAGUAGCUUUCCGGGGACUACCAAAAGCCUGUUUAUACCCAGCAGUGUCUGCUGUUUAUGGCAACACUGAAGUGACUUUGGUCUACCUAGGAAAACCUUUAGAUGGAUGAGUUUCUACUAGAAGCAAUAGUGGAUGAGCCCGAGAUGGCACUGUGCAUGUGAGGGUGCAGAAAGCAUGACUCACUCUGGGUUAAAGGACAGAAGUACAACAAGGUUCAGGGGACCUUUUUCCUUUCAACCAGCCUGGAAGAGUCUUCAUCCAUCCUCCUAAAGGAAUUGUCCAGAUCUACCAGUUAGGUUGUUAAAAGAUGUGAAUGGAGCUUAAGGGUCUUAUUUUGUCCUAGUGAUGUAUAUUUUUGUGUUGAUUUGGUGGUUGUGAGAAACAAGUGUUACACUGCUGGAGCCAAUGUAGUUUUAUAAUUGGGAAUUCUUCACACAAGGGUUGGUACUCUGGAUUUUGUUUUUCCCUUUAACAUACUUUAUUUAUUUAUUUUCAAUUAUUCAUGCAGCAGGUUUUUAAACAUGGUUUAAGUGAUCUUUAUGUAAACCUUUUUAAGCUGAGUGUAUUUGCUUUUUUAGAAAGAGACAAUCUCAUUGGGGGCAAAUUAAGCAGUUUGGUAGUUCCACUGUUUACAUUUUCUUACAAAUGUUUUUGCCCAAAACCCAGUACUUGCUGUGCUAGUUCCUCUAUUUAACAAAGGAAGGCUAGAUGUUUUCAUAAUAUAGCAUUGUUGCCCAAUUAUAACCUUUUAGAGAUGUUCAUGUAAGGUGGAGAUUUAUGCAACCUAAUUAGAGAAGCCUCCACCAGUCCACCAAUACUUACAGAACCACAAAAGACAAGUGGCUUGAUUGUCCAUGCCUAGUGCUUGCCACUAAGUGUGUACAACGUAAUCUCUAUGUGAACUAUAAGUUACAGUUUGUUUGUUUUUCCCCCUGCUGGGCAUCAUUUAAUUUAUUCACUUUUUUUAUUUUAUUUUUAUUAUUAAUAUUUGUGCUUUUUAAGUUCCACCUUUUUCUUCUUUUAAACUUUUGUUAAUAUAUUUUCUCAUGGGAUUAACCUUUAUUUUGAGUUAUUUGGGGAUUUAGAUUUCUAGCUUCUGCCACUAAUUUGUAAGGACUAUUCAAUUAAUAGUUUUUUUUGUUCUGGUUUUUUUAAAGCUCAGUUUAGUUUUACAUUUAGCAUGGAGUUGGAAGUCUCUAAACUGUAGCUAUACAGUGACAUUAAAAUUCAGGCAGACUUUUUUUUUUUUUUUUUUAUGCAAUAGAAUAAGUGUCUGCUUAGCACAUCAGACAUAUAAAACAUGCAUUUAAUACGAUUUUAAAAUAUUUAUUUGAGCAGCACUUUAAUGGUAGCAAAAUAAGAAAACAACGUGAUAAUACCAAAUGUGUUUUUAAGGUGAAUAUUUCACUUUUUAUUACAUUUUGCAUCAUGAUUAUGAGCCAUAAAACUUUACUUAAAUGCUUGAUACAUUUUAUUGCACUGACUGCCAUGCUCAGGGCAUGGCUAAUAUGAAAUUAUUAAACUGACAUAAAUUCAUUAGUUGGCUCAUUCUGCCUGAAAUGGCUUAUAGCCGUAAGGAUUGCUAGAUUUGGUCUUCUGCAGUUUCUUCUCUAAAUCUUUCUAGGAAAAUCUAAUGAGUUUGACAACAUUCUCUACCUACAUUAAUUUGCAAGUAUUUGUACUAAUAAUCAGUAGCUUUGGUGUAUAGUUAAAGGGACAAUUUACCCCCAAAAAAAUGUUCUCCCAUUUUAAUUUAUUCCCAAUGAUCCAUUUUAGAUUUAAAGAUGAAACUUUUAUGAUUCCAAUAGAGCAUGCAAUUUUUUAAAAAAAUAACUUUCCAUUUUAAUUCCUUUAACAAAUUGUGCAGUCUUUUUAUAUUUACACUUUUUGAGUCACCAGUUCCUACUGAGCAUGUGCAAGAAUUCACAUAAUAUACAUAUAUGCAUUUGUGAUUGGUUGAUGGCAGUCACAUGAUAAAGGGGGAAUGGAAAUAGAUAUAACUGAAAUUUGUCAGAAAAAAAUCUCAUUUGAAGUAAAGACUAAGUGAUAUUGCUUUGAUUUUUAUCAUUUACUUGUUGAUUAUGCAACUCUACUGUAUUUACUGGUUGUAAAUACAUUUAGAAGUAGCUACUUAUAAAUUAUUUAUAAGUAGCUCCUUUACCCUUAUUUCGGCAUCUGAAAUAGCGGAUUUAGCCUGUGGCAUCCCCACCUAUAAUAGUCCAGCAGAAUAAAUUUAUACUCCUGGUGGGGUUUAGAAGAGAUAACUAAUGAAACGAUCAUUUUUCAUUAUUCUCUCUUAGGCCACAAUUCUAAAAAGAUCACUGGACUGUUAAGAUUCUAUAAGAAUGCUCGCCAUCCCUUCUGUUUUCCUGGUGUCAUUCUAUAAAGCCACUUUUUACCCUGAAAACAGUGUGUCUCAAUAAGGGGCGUAUACUGCAUUUUUGUAGGGGAAGGAGAUGCAUACAUUACAAAAGUCCACAAUAAAAUUCAUAAUUUUAAAAUCUUGUAAAAUGUAUAAUUGAACCAUUCACACAAAAAAUACAGGAAAAAAAAUUAGUUUUUAAGGUGCAUCAAAAUGCUUAACUAAAUUGUUCACCAAAAAUCAUAUUUUAUAAAAAAAAACUUUAUUUUUUUUAGGUAAAUUACACAGGAAUAAAUCGUAAUUUAAGUACACUGGAUGUGCAAAAAAAGAGCAAAAAAUAUGUACUUAUAACUACAAUAUAGAUAGUGUUAUUGUUGUUUUUUUCGUAAAAUGGGCUGAAUAUGGAUGUCCCAUAGGCAUAUAUGACACUUUCUUUCAAAUCCCAGAGUAAUUCUAUAAACCUUUUCACUAUUUUUUUCUUGCAAGUUAAAAGUUGGCAAAUUUUCACCAAAAUAAAACACUAAUUUCUCAGAAAGGACAACGUAUGUAUACAGAAAAAUGCAGCACAUGUAUACUGUAGUAGGACAGAGGAGCUAUGCUCUUUUCUUAAGGUGGUUUAUCACAAAUUCUGCUCAAUUACUUAUUAAUGAAACAGACCCAAAUGAAGUUCUAAUGUCUUUAACUAAAUAUAUAUUAAAGGGAUAGUAAACACCAAAAAUAUUAUUUAAAACGAUAGAUAAUCCCUUUAUUUAUCAUUCCCCAGUUUUCCAUAACAAACACUGUUACAGAAAUAUACUUUUUACCUCUGUAAUUACCUUGUAUCUAAGCUUCUGCCUCCUAAUCUCAGAUCUUUUGACAUACUUGCAUUUCAGGCAAUUAGUGCUGACUCUUAAAUAACUCCACGUGCAUGAGCACAAUCCUAUUUAUAUGAAACACAUGAACUAACGCCCUCUAGCUGUGAAAAAUGUCAAAUGCAUUCAGAUAAGAGGCAGCCUUCAAGGGCUUAGAAAUUAGCAUAUGAGACAACCUAGGUUCAGCUUUAAAAUAAGAAUACCAAGAGAACAAAGCAAAAUUGAUGAUGAAAUUAAUUAGAAAGUUGUUUAAAAUGACAUGCCCUAGCUGAAUCAUGAAAGUUUAAUUUGAACUUUACUAUCUCUUUAUUAAAUACACGUAUUCUUCAGGCUUACUAUCCAUUGAUGAUAAAAGGCAGCCUAGUACCUGUGAGAUGAUUUCUAGCAAAGCGUUUUAAUUUCCUGUUAUUGCUUGUCAUUAAUAGCAACAUUAGCAUUUGAUCUAUCUUAACAAAACACAAGCCUGGAGAGACUGUGUGAAAUAUAUUUGCCGGGUUUUUUUCUCAUGAGAAUGUGGGAUACAAGGGGGUACACAGCUGUAUUCCAUACCUGGUAGGCCUUGCCCAGCUCCAGAAAGCAUUUUUACUGCAGAAAAUGCUGCUCUGAAUGUAUUUAUAUUAAACUGCAGCAUUCAUUUGGCGUAAUUUUUUUGGGGGGUAUUUAUUAAUAAGCAUGCUGGAGAGAUGUCCCAGCUUGACAUUUACUUGUAUAAAUUGCUGCUUUUCUGAGGCUUGUGUCAUCAUACUAGAGCAUAGCAUAUGCUGCAGUUGGGCUAUACCCACAGAACACACUCUAAUAUAGAUUUAGAAAAAAACAUUUCUAAAGAACAGAAUAUUCAUCCGUAUUGUAUCAGUUGUAAGGCAAUUCUUGACUUCUGAAAAGAUGCAACCUUAUUCCAUUCAUUUAUUAACUAUAAUUCUUUGAGAGUGCAUCUUAACCCAGGUGCAAUCUGUAAACAUGAUUAAAUUCUAUAUUUUCUGGUUAUUGUUGUAGACUAGUUGCUUAGCUGAUGAUGGAAGUUUUCUUCUAACACUUUUAUUCCAUGACCUAGUGCAGUAACAUACACACAACCCAAAUGUUUUGUUUAUUAAUAAAACCUCAGACCUGCAGUAGAAAACAAAUGUGCAAGUAGGAUAAUUUUAAAGCUUUGACUAAUUAGCCAUAAAUGCUGUAUUUGUCUUACAAGAUUAUUUAUGGUUAAUUAAAUAUGACCCCCUAGCUCCAUAAUUAUGCUUGAUAAAGAUGCAUACACUGACAUGUUAAAAUGCCAAAUUACUAAACUUUUCAUUUAGAUACCCCAAAAACUGUAUUCUUAUAAACCGACCCCUCCCAGGGUUCUUUCUUAAAGGGACAGUCUAGGCCAAAAUAAACUUUCAGGAUUCAGAUAGAGCAUGUAAUUUUAAACAAUUUUUCCAAUUUACUUUUAUCACCAAUUUUGCUUUGUUCUCUUGGUAUUCUUAGUUGAAAGCUUAACCUAUGAGGUUCAUAUGCUAAUUUCUUAGACCUUGAAGCCCACCUCUUUUCAGAUUGCAUUUUAACAGUUUUUCACCACUAGAGGGUGUUAGUUCACGUAUUUCAUAUAGAUAACUUCUCGUGCACGAGCACAGUGCUAUCUGGGAGUAAGCACUGAUUUGCUAGACUGCAAGUCUAUCAAAAGAACUGAAAAAAGGGGCAGUUUGCAGAGGCUUAGAUACAAGAUAAUCACAGAGGUUAAAAGUGUAUUAAUAUAACUGUGUUGGUUAUGCAAAACUGGGGAAUGGGUAAUAAAGGGAUAAUCUAUCUUUUAAAACAAUAAAAAUUCUGGUGUAGACUGUCCCUUUAACCUAGGAGGUUCAUAUGCUAAUUUCUUAGACCUUGAAGCCCACCUCUUUCAGAUUGCAUUUUAACAGUUUUUCACCACUAGAGGGUGUUAGUUCAUAUAUUUCAUAUAGAUAACACUGUGCUCGUGCACGUGAAGUAAUCUGGAGCAGGCACUGAUUGGCUAGACUGCAAGUCUGUCAAAAGAACUGAAAAAAGGGGCAGUUUGCAGAGGCUUAGAUACAAGAUAAUCACAGAGGUUAAAAGUAUAUUAUUAUAACUGUGGUUAUGCAAAACUGGGAAAUGGGUAAUAAAGGGAUUAUCUAUAUUUUAAAACAAUAAAAAUUCUGGUGUAGACUGUCCCUUUAAUAUUCACACAAAUGUACAUAUACUUGUAUUCUUGGUACUUGCAUUCAUUAGUUUAAUGUCAAAUCCUCUUAAGUGCCAAAUAAUUACUAUAGUCCACUCAAUGACCAUAUAUCAUUUAAAUGUGUGUGGUUAUACAAAAACCCACAGCCCUAGGUCUUGAGAAAUCAAUAUUUUUAAUUUUUUUUUUUUUUUUAAUUACAAACCAUUCAUUGAUCUUCAUUCACUAUAUUUAGCAUCUAAGGAUUUCUAGCCCCACCCCAUAAUUGUUAAAUGAUUAAUAAUUUACAGUUCGGUAAACAUUCACAGUUAUUACAAUAGACCUAUGAAGUAUGAUGUUUGAAUCAUGUUCCCUUAAUACCUUGUGCAUGUUUGUAUUUUCUUAAUGUAGUAAAAUAGCCAUAACUAUUAUUUGUUCACCCAGAGCUAUUAACUAUAAAGUCUGGGCUAUAUAAAAUGAUUCAUUGUGUGGUCAUUAUUACCACAUUUUGACCUUGGCAUUGCUUGGCUGAGCAAUGACAACUAUAAAUGUUAAAAUGCACGUUUAUCUACUUAUUUGUAUUAUUGAAAUUCCUAUGAGCAAUGCAUUCAGCAUCUGGACAUUACCUCAAGCUAAACCUUCAUUGAUCAUGCUUUGUUAUUACAGAAAUAGAGUAUAAACUAAACUACUAUUAAGAUGAAAGACCCAUAUAUAGGAAACUGAGAAAAUAUACCCAAAUCAAUUGCUGCUUUAAUCAGAGAUUGUACGUACAUCAAUAUUUGUGUAUGAUGUAUUAGUGUUAUCCACUCUACAAAACUUCAUAGCUUUAUUAUACUUAAAAAAAGAUUGUCUGCCCUUGCUAGCUGAGAAAUGAUUGUGUAUUUAUGCAUUGUCUUGUGGCAUUCUCUCCUAGCGCAUGCUUUGUGUUUAACCCUUUUGUGCACAGUGACCUGUAAUGCUUUACAACAGGAGCAUGAUAAUGUAAUCUCGAUGCCUACACUUCCCUUUGGCAUUAUCUCAGCCUUGUAUAUAACCAUGUUGUUUUUUCUGCGUAAUGCUGCUUCCAAUUAUUUAACAUGCAUAUCAUGAACUGUGUAUUUUACUCCAAGGUCAUUCAUUGAUUGCUGAAUUUAAAAGGACAAAGAUCACCCUGUUCUACAUUUCUCACGGUUACAUUAGUAUACAACUAAUUUUAACUGGAUACUUUUUUUUUUGUCCUUUCCUUCUAGUAGCCCUUAAGUCUUGGAUGCAUAUUAGAAAUAUAGUUACUGUGACCUCUGGGAAUGUUUCAUCUAAGGAUUACACAGUACUGAUGCAUAACCCAUAUCUAUCUUCUAAAGUUUGUAUGUUAAUUUUCUGUGUUCCUUCUAAAAGACAUCGGUUUACAUAGAUUGGAUACAAAUAUUCUAUUUGUAAAUUAGUUGGGGGUCUUGUUUUUUUUCUUGUGUUUUUUUUUUUUUUUUUUUUUCUCUCUCUCUCAUGGAAAAUAAAGGGACACGUAAAGGGAAUUAAAAGUAUACGUUUUGCUAUCCAGAAGCCUUCCGUACUGGAGAAACUCUAUACUCUGCAAUGUUAAACACUUGGCUCCUGGUAAUGGAAUGGUUUAAUAUAACCAAAUAAAGCAGCGCACAUUUAGAAGGACUUGCUGUUUAACUCUCUUUUAACCAUCCAUAAAUAACCUCAGGUCCCUUUCUGGCAAUUUGUGUAUUGACUGUAUUUUUUACAGGUAAAAGUAAAAUCUUAAGGCCUGUGGUUUACCUUCUGCACAGCCACCUGUUAAAUCUUGUAAUUAUUGAGGAAGCUGCAAUUGCUGUUAAAUUAUCUAAUAAACUUUUAUUGGAAAUGAAA